GCUUGGGUAGGCUGCGCCGUUUGACUUUGGCUAGAAUGUUUUUAAUUGAAGUCGCGUUUUGAAGCGAGUGCUGGAGAAAAGACCUAUUUUCUACGCUUCACCCAUCGGUCACCAAGUGUUGGAGUGUUGGAAAAGUGGCAUAAAUAGCUGCAGCGUGCGGUAGUUCUAAAUGCAUUGAACGCUGGCUGCUGCGCACAAUAUUAGCAUUUGCAUUUCGGAGACAACGCGCUAUCGGAUCCGGCUAACACGAUGGAAGCUGAAAUGGAUGAAAUCAUCGCUGGGCUGAAGAAUGCCACGCUGGAGAAAAGUUCCGAACGUGCCCUACCUUUGCUGAAGCAAAUUUCCGACUCGGAAUCGAACCUCUGUGAUAAAUACGACAUUAAGAACGAUCUGCUCGAGCUGCUCCAGCUCGAUAACGUCGGCGUGCAGAUACAGGUGGCCCGUUGCAUUGCCGAGGUGGCCAAAACCGAUAAUCAAAGAACCAAGUUCUCCAAGGAGGACGUCAUACGCCGGUUGACGGAGCUGCUGCAGGUACCGGCCAGCGCGAAGGAAAACACCGCCAAAGACGCUUCGCUCGAGCUAGCCACACAAAUCUGCCGAGCGCUGGGCAAUAUAUGCUACGCAAACGAUGAUGCACGCAACAUUAUUAAAGAGCUGGGCGCCGAUAAGCACAUCUUUGCCCUGCUCGACUACGACGUCGACACGGACGACGAGGAUCGCGACCAGUUCGUGCGCGUCCGGUGUGGGCUUAUUUCGAACUACCUCCUGGGCAGUGACGAGAUUGCCGAACGGGCGGUCGAGCUAAAGCUGAUCGACAAGCUGGAGAAAAUAUUGACCCGCUGUCUGGCGAACGUAGACCAGCACGAGGAGCUGCUGCUAAGCAUUCUGCCACCGUUAAGCAUUCUGACCGAGCAGAUCAGCGACCUCUACUUUGCGCCGUCGCUCAACAGGACGAUUGCAAAGAUAUUGGCCAAAUGUACCAACCCGGACAUUGCCGAGUCGUGUCUGGCUUUGCUGCACUACGAGGCACAAAACGACGACGUGAAGCUGCUGCUGGCGGAAGAGGGUCUGUGCGAAACGAUCUACCAGCUGCUGGAAAAGUACAAAACGUUCGCCAACACGGACGAGGCUCGCGUGCUGAUGAAGCUGGCCUGCGAUUUGAUCGUUCUCAUACUGACGGGAGAUAAAUCGAUGCACUAUCUCUACUCGACGCCACUACUGAAGUGCAUGGAAGAUUGGCUGGAUUCGUACGAUGUGGAGCUGCUUACUACCGGUGUGCUUGCGCUGGGCAAUUUCGCCCGUACGGACAGCCACUGCAUUCAUAUGGUGGAGAAAAAAAUUAUGCACAAACUGCUGUCCAUCUUGGCCAAAAAUAAUGGAACCGAGCACCAAAUGACGCUGCAGCACGCGCUACUGAGCACGCUAAAGAACUUGGUCAUACCGAAACCGAACAAGGCCGCCGUCAUAGAGGCCGGAUUGGUGGAAAUAAUUUUACCAAUGCUCGAAAUCCACCAGGCGCCAGUAGUGUUCAAACUGCUCGGUACAUUGCGAAUGACCGUCGAUGGACAAGAGAAACUUGCCUCGGAGCUGCUGCAGAACGAAAAGCUAGUCAAACAGUUGGUACACUGGAGCCAAACGUCCGAGUUUACGGGAGUGCUCGGCGAGUCGUUGCGGCUGAUGGCUUGGCUGAUCAAGCAUGCGUACCGCCAGAAGGACGCCGAACACCCGACGCUGGACGAUACCGGGCUGCGAAAGUUCGUCGCAACGGAGGGAGCCGUGGCCAGCAUGGUCGGAAUGCUCGCCUCCACGCAUCUGGUCAUGCAAAACGAGGCACUGAUUGCGUUAAGCAUCUUGACCACGAUUUUCCACAACAAAACGGCGUCCGAGGGUAACACGCUGGACGAGCUGCUAGUAAAGGCCGGUGUGGGAGCGAAGCUGGCCGAGCAGAUCACGCUGAACGGGGAAUCGAUGACGAAAGAGUUGGUCGAAAAUCUGCAAACGUUCGUCAAGCAGCUGCACGCUUCGAGUGACGCACUGGUUGCGCAUUUGCGGGAGCACAAUAUAGACGAGCUGCUAAAAACCAUCCCCAGCUUGGUGGAGUACUGUACGCUUUGAACGGCGGCGGCAGCUGCGGCGUCAAUCAAUGCACACCACCAUCCGGGUUUAAAAAGUUUCCUUUGGACUUUACGAAUCAUUUGGUAACGAUAGUGAGGGAGUGCACAAAGAACCGAGACUGCUUCAAAGCUGCGAUGCAUUGUGAAGGACCAGCAUGUGCUUAAUUUACACACCCGAAGCAAUAGACGUUUACUUACGAAAGAAAAAGAAAAAAGGACACAAUGAACACACGUACACGUAGUGUAGACUUUUUUUUUGUAAGCAUAGAGGUGGGCGCGAUUAUAUUUAACAAACGAAAAACCAUUAACAGUACCGUUUAUGACAAUCUGAAUAGGAGAGAAUCUACCUUUAGGAUUGGGUAAACACAAGUUUGGUUUACUUAAAAUAGCGUAAAAGUGUGAGCAGGGCGGACAUCAUACACCCAGUUUACCCCCAGUGAAACCAAUAGAACGAACGAAACACAAAAACCGCACCACCACCCCAUAUGUUCGGCAUGUUGUUAUGCGGGCGCGCUUGUGUCAGUGGAUAAUCGAUAUGGUAGCAGUUUCGUUUGCCGUGCACCGAUUGCAAUAUUUGCGGGCAUUAUCAAGAGCAAUUUACAGUGUAAGCUUUAAUUUACAACGGCAGCGUGAGGGAGAAGGGUGGUAGGCAGGAUUAGCGUUAAGCGGAAACACGUUUCAGACGUUGAUAUAAUGGAAGCGUGCAUGCCCACACCGGUUCGUUUGCAAGUUGUGAAGCAAAGAAACGAAGGUAUAAUUUAACCAGUUGUAAAGUAAGAAGUUGUUGAAAACGAAAGGAAAAAAAUGCGAUCAAACCAAAACCCAGUGCUACACACAACAUCGACAACCCCUUCAACCUUUUCAUACAAGGCAGACACAAACACAAACCGUACCGGAAGCCCGUUGGAUUAUUUUCGGAGCAUUUGAAAGCGUGAGGCAAGCUGCGGUUGGGCGAGGUAGAUGCAUUUUUAGCAGUGUUUAAGAAGAGAUCACAUUUGGAGAUGGCAUUACCUCGAUUAGCAUGCACCGUUACAUUCACUGCUAGCACAGUGAAUGCUGCUGAUACACAAAGCAGUGUGCACCAUCACCAUUAAUAAUACCUUUUUAGGAAUUUAGAGGCGCGUGAAAUGUUCACUUAACGAAGCCGAGAUAUCGUAGAGCAGAUAUAGCAGUAAAACAUGCAAAAGGAUUAUGCUUAACAGUUGCUCUCUCCUUCUCACUCACUCUCUUUCUCUCUGUCUUCUUCAUCACCAACCGAUCUCGGAACCGAUAUUUCGGCGGUCCGAAUAAUGAUAACCGCUGUCCGUUUAAAGAAAAGCAAAAAAAGUAAACACUCUCUUCCUUCCACCUAAUAGAGAUAUGAUAGGUAUAUUUUUAUGCGCGGCCACCCUUGUGAGCCCUUAAUAUUUAGCUAGAUAGUAGAUUUCGCUGGCCGCCCGGCAGGAGCUGGGUGGCCGCUGCUUACAAUUAGCCCCGUUAAAGCUAGCAGAGAUAUUAGCGUCUACGUAAGAUCUUAUUCUUAUAACGAAAAAAAAAACAAACAAACAAAAUCAAUAUCAAACAGUAUUUUACUGCAUUUCAUUACUAAUCUGAUAACCUGACGGACAAAGCCUCGAAACUCGACGUUACAUGCGUGUAUGCGUACACCACGAACAUAUACAUACAUAUAUUGGAAUAGAUAUAUACAUACACAGCAUAAGUAUAUAUACACAUAAUGUUUGAGUAGCCGUUUGGUCCCCACCACUUUGAUACGCGGAGCAUACACAGUUGUUUGCAAAUAAAUCAACAAAACAAUGAUAAUGAAACGAAUGCGCAAAAGCAAUGUUUUACAACACAACUUAAACGAUAAAGUCCACACACUUGGACUUGGAUGCUAAGGAAUAUAGUGAUACAGUUGAAUUUCCGAUAUAGUUGAGAAAUAGAGCGGGCGAGGUGGUAGAGAAUGGUACGGAAGAGAUAAGUAAGAGAGAGAGAUUAAUCAAAUUGUGCAAAUGAAUUUUCCUUUCCUAACUCUGCACACCUUUCUCCUGGUUAGAUGCGCUGAGCUAUCUGGAGACUAUCUGUUCUAACGAUCCUUCCUCCUUUGAAAAUGGCACAACAACCAUACAUAAGAGAAGUAUGUAGUGAAGUUGCUGCAGUAUUUAUCACGUCCGACAGGAAAUACGAAUUAUUAUGCUCGCUAGGACACGUAGUGUUGGACCUAGCUAGGCACAGAGACAAGGCAUACAUCCCGUUAACUGUUAUGCUACCAACUUCAACGAUCAAUCCCAAUUAGUGUAGGGCGAACGAACGCACAUCCUCAGCAUUUAAAACGGAUAGUACGAAAAACCAGGGAGUGUGACCAUUUGAAUAGUCAGCAACAACCAGUGAUGAAAACAAGGGCAAUACGACGAGUGUUAAUCAGUAAUAGUCAAACUUUCAACUGACAUACCAAAAAAAAAAAACACUUUUGUGAUGUUUCGUUCUUCACUUCUUUCACUUCUACUGACUGGAUUAUUUAUUUUCGGACUUUUUCGGCUUAAUAAAUUUUUUAAAAUACUACACACUAA